AUGUUAAUUAUUUCCCUGUUAUUACUGGUAGUAAGUAUAUUUGCGGAUGAUCCUUAUAAUUGCACCAGAACUCAAACAAUCAACCCACCUGCUAACAUUAGCACCCCCGUGAUCUACCCAGCAACAUGGAAUCCUUCGAAAGGUGCACCUCAAUAUGCAUCCGGCCAGAGUUGCUCAUGGAUUGUGAACGUCCCAAAAGGAAUGUAUGCAUUACUUCAAAUAAAGGCAACUACUAACGAAUCAACAACUCUUCAAGUCAACGAUUCGACAGGCUAUGUGACAAUCAUUCAGUUAGCCGACAUGGAGCCAUUCUUCCUCAUGGAUCCAUCUUUUAGAAUUGAUCUACAUGCCAAUAAAAUUGGAACUUUCGGCAUGAGAAUUCGUUGGAGUAUUGUCCAAAACGCGUCCUCAACAGCAUGGCGUACUCGUCAACGCUCCUCCCCACAGACCAUGUUUGGCUCGGAUUUUGAUAAUGUUACGACAAUUGAAGCAGAUACUCGAGUGAAUCUUUUGACACUGUCUCCGACACGAUUCUCGGGGGAUUCUAGUCGAUUAUUACGGAAUACUCAAGUUUAUGAUGGUAACUCGAUUGAGGCGAAACAUAUUGGAAAUUUGUACCAAAUACAUAAAAAUGGAGCGAGAUUUGUGUCAACUGGUAAAUAUCUAACACUCCGGUCGUUGCUCCCAGGUUACUAUGCAGUUGGAAACGGUGUUAUUGUGCAAGAUUAUGAGGACGUGAAACCCUUUCAUUCCUACAAAGCAAUCAACUGUAUUAUGGAGGCCCCCUGUAACGUUCUUCUGGAUGCAACCAAUGGUACAGCUGCAGCUAUUAGAUACAGUGACGAAGUGAUCUACAUGAGAAAUAUUAAAAUGACAGAGACGAACAAGAUAUCUGUAUACACUGACUUUGUGACAGAUGCUCAUAAAUUGACGGAUUAUUUAUCAACCAACAUAAACACAACAAUCCCUCAAAAGUUAAACGGACAAUACACAACGUUCGUUUUGGACAAGGACCAUGCUAUCGUAUCUCUGACUUCGGACGGUACGAACUGGACAUCCGGAUUCGGCGGUCGCCGUGGGUUCAUGACGUCACCAAAUUACGCGAUAAACAGCAACAAUCAAAAUUUUGAAGAUAAGAUAUAUUCUACGUCGUCAAAAUCGUCGAAAAUCAGUUUCUACAUUGAUAAAGCGUCGAUUCCGUACGGUGUAACUACUAUAUCGAUUUUACGUGACCGAAAUACUGUAUUCAAUGCCACGUAUUCACUCGAGAAUCUUCCCGAAGAUUCAACGAUUUCGGCUAUCGGGGACACGUUAUCGGUUCAGUAUCAAUUAAAUCCUACGGUUUAUUCAAAAGGAAUUUAUAUUAGUUUUGGAUUCGAUGAAAACGGUUCGGCAGGAAUGGUCUUCUCAAUUCUUCUUAUCGCCAUAGUUUCCAUUUUCAUAUAA